GAUUGUUUACAAUCGAAUGCGAGCUAGGCGGAUGAUCUUUUAUAUCUGAUUUUAAUUCACCUCAUUUUCUUUGCUUCAAAAAGGUUUUAUCGUAAUUCAAAAAAUAUAGUACCAGGUGUUACUUAAUUUUUAUGUAGAAUACUAAUUCUCCGAGUUUCGUAAUUUAGUCAAAAUAAUGAGAUAGAAAUUUUAUCUAACAGAACGAGUGACAAUCUCCCAGCCACGUGAAAUUCAUCGUCGGUGCAUGUCGUCUGCUGUUAUUCCUUGAGUUGAUUUACCUUCAGCCUAGGUUCGGAUAUAUUCACUUGUUUAAAGAUGAAAUGCUGCGGAGGGUCCCGGCAGUUAACAAGGCCACGCCCAACUGGCAUUUCUUGCUAUCCUGACCUGGUUAAACAUAACAACAUCAUGGCCAAGUAUCUGACAGUCAAACUCUACUCAAAGCUUUGUGAUAGAAGGACCAGUACUGGAUGGACCCUUGACCAGUGCAUCCAGACCGGGUUGGACAACCCUGGGCAUCCGUUCAUUAUGACCGUUGGUAUGGUCGCAGGAGAUGAAGAAUCGUACGAGGUUUUCAAGGAGCUCUUCGACGCUGUCAUUCAAAACCGACAUGACGGUUAUGGACCGAAUAAUAUCCACCCAACCGAUUUGAACCAGAACCACCUCCGAGCGGUUACUCUCGAUCCCAACUACGUUCUCUCGUCUCGUGUUCGCACCGGGAGAUCGAUUCGAGGGUUCCGACUUCCUCCUGCGUGCAGCAGAGCCGAGCGCCGAAAAAUCGAAGAGAUUGUGACUCAGGCUCUUGGUGGUAUGAAAGGCGAUUUGACUGGGAAGUAUUAUUCCUUGACAACCAUGUCUGAACAAGAUCAACAGAAACUGAUUGAUGAUCAUUUUCUAUUCGACAAACCAGUUUCUCCUCUGCUCACAUGCGCUGGUAUGGCUAGAGAUUGGCCCGACGCAAGGGGAAUAUGGCACAACUAUCAGAAAAACUUUCUUGUGUGGGUAAAUGAAGAGGAUCACAUCAGGCUAAUAUCAAUGGAGAAGGGUGCAAAUAUGGUUCGAGUGUUCCAGAGGUUCUGCAGUGGUCUGAAAGAGUUUGAAAGGAAGAUAAAGGAAGCAGGACACGAGUUCAUGUGGAAUGAACACCUUGGAUAUAUUUUGACGUGUCCUUCGAAUCUUGGAACUGGACUCCGAGCUGGUGUACACCUUAAAAUCCCUCUCGUUAGCCAGGAUCCACGAUUUGAGGUGAUACUAGAGAGGCUCCGCCUUCAGAAGAGAGGGACCGGUGGAGUCGAUACUGAAUCGACCGAUGGCAUUUUCGACAUUUCGAACGUUGAUAGGUUGGGAAAGUCAGAGGUUCAGCUGGUUCAGACCGUCUUGGAUGGAGUGGCAACUUUGAUCAAGAUGGAGAAAGAACUGGAGAGGCAUGGAACCAUCGCCCAAUAUUUACCACAAUAAACCAUCACCAACAUCUAAUUCUUAAAUCUGUACUAUAACACUUAAUAUACCACGAGAGAUCAUUUAUCUUUAUUACAAGUAUAUUACAAAUUCUCAAUAAUCAAGAUCAAAAUGAUCUUAUCAAUAUCAAUGUCAAUUUAAAUCGAAAGGUAAUUAAGCAUGUAUUUAUCUGUAAUUUAGGACAAUUAAUUGACUAUGUAUGAGACAUCAUUUAUGCUGGUAGUUAUUUAAUUAUAUUUUACCACAGUGUAUCGAUCGUGUAUGUUUUUGUAAAUGAAAUGAAUAGGUGUUGAUGAAAUUAAAUCUCUUGAAUGAAAUAAGAAAACCUAAAACAAAACAAAAUACCCUCCCCAAAAAACACUGAUGAAUCGAAAAUAAGAAUGUGCAUAAAUUGUAUUGCCAUAAUUUAGAUUAUAUGUGCUUACAGAGCAGGAAUCUUAUUUGAAUUUAUAAUAAAUUUUAUAACAAUCAGGAUAAUGAUACUGACAAUUUAGGAAGAUUUUAUAUGUCAAAAGGAAAUAUCUGUCGGCAAACAUUAAAUUGACCUCAUUGUAAUAUGAAUAUCAUAUUUAUCAAGGUAAUGAAAUAAACAUACGAUUCUAAUAA